UUUACUGCAGCGCUAGCAGUGGCUUUUACUACUCUUCUCCUGCCUCCUAGCCCUGCGCGUCCUCCUCCCCUCUUACCCACCCCCAACCACGCGGUCCUCGGUAUUCACCCCAGCUCUUCUUUCCCACCUCCUCUUCACCUGGGGCUGGGGAAUCUCCAUUGACGUUCGAGUGACGCUACUGUGCUGCUGCAGCCGCGGGGGAGGGGGGCGGGGGGUGGGGUCCAGGAGCUGCACAGGUGAAGCCGCCGCUGCCGCCAUAUUGACAGAGCUGGGUACGGGGAGGAGGCCCUAGGAAGCGGGGUGGGCGACAGAGUCAACGCCGAACGACCGUCGUGGUGGCGGCAGUGGUGAGCACAAGCCGAGGGGAACUCUCCGUGAGGCAGCAUAGAGUUUUCUUGUCUAUGGGGAGCAGCUGCCUGUGGAGACGGUCCUCCGCUCACAGCCUCUGAGGGGACCCUGAAGCUAGGGCAGCGGUCGCUGAAGGAGGGGCUAGGGUUUUCGCUGGUGGUGGCGGCGGCUGGCAAGCUCAAACGACGCGAUGCGCGGUUGCGCCAGCGGUUGGCAGCUCCUGCCCAAGUGCUCCUGAAGGGGCUAUGCUACCGUUCGCUCCUCAGGACGAGCUUUUGAACCAAGAAAUGGAGGUUUUCGGAGGCGGCGCGAGCAGCGGCAAGGUGAAUGGUCUUCAAAUGGUUGAUGAGCCAAUGGAAGAGGAAGAAGUAGAUUCUUGCCAAGAUGAAGGAGUUGUUAAAGAAAUCCCUAUUACUCAUCAUGUUAAGGAAGGAUAUGAGAAGGCAGAUCCUGCACAGUUCGAGUUGCUCAAGGUGCUUGGUCAGGGAUCCUUUGGAAAGGUUUUUCUUGUUCGAAAGAAGACUGGUCCUGAUGCUGGGCAGCUCUAUGCAAUGAAAGUGUUAAAAAAAGCUUCUUUAAAAGUUCGAGACAGAGUUCGGACAAAAAUGGAAAGGGAUAUACUGGUGGAAGUAAAUCAUCCAUUUAUUGUUAAAUUACACUAUGCCUUUCAGACUGAAGGGAAGCUGUAUUUAAUACUGGAUUUUCUCAGGGGAGGAGAUGUCUUCACAAGAUUAUCCAAAGAGGUACUGUUUACAGAGGAAGAUGUGAAAUUCUACCUUGCAGAACUGGCCCUUGCUUUGGAUCAUCUGCACCAAUUAGGAAUUGUAUAUAGAGACCUGAAGCCAGAAAACAUUCUGCUUGAUGAAAUAGGACAUAUCAAAUUAACAGAGAAUUUUGGACCAGUACACUUUAAAGAUUUUGGUCUCAGCAAGGAAUCAGUUGAUCAAGAAAAGAAGGCUUACUCAUUUUGUGGUACAGUGGAGUAUAUGGCUCCUGAAGUAGUAAAUAGGAGAGGCCAUUCCCAGAGUGCUGAUUGGUGGUCAUAUGGUGUACUUAUGUUUGAAAUGCUUACUGGUACUCUGCCAUUCCAAGGUAAAGACCGAAAUGAGACCAUGAAUAUGAUAUUAAAAGCAAAACUUGGGAUGCCUCAAUUUCUUAGUGCUGAGGCACAAAGUCUCCUAAGGAUGUUGUUUAAAAGGAAUCCAGCAAAUAGAUUGGGUUCAGAAGGAGUUGAGGAAAUCAAAAGACAUCUUUUUUUUGCAAAUGUUGACUGGAAUAGAUUAUAUAGAAGAGAAGUUCAACCUCCUUUCAAACCUGCUUCUGGAAAACCAGAUGAUACUUUUUGUUUUGAUCCUGAGUUUACUGCAAAAACACCUAAAGAUUCUCCUGGUUUGCCAGCUAGUGCUAACGCUCAUCAACUCUUCAAAGGAUUCAGCUUUGUUGCAACGUCUAUUGCAGAGGAAUAUAAAAUCACUCCUGUCACAAGUGCAAAUGUGUUACCAAUUGUUCAGAUAAAUGGAAAUGCUGCACAAUUUGCUGAAGUAUAUGAAUUAAAAGAGGAUAUUGGUGUUGGCUCCUAUUCUGUUUGCAAGCGAUGCAUACAUACAGCUACCAACAUGGAAUUUGCAGUGAAGAUCAUUGACAAAAGUAAGAGAGACCCCUCAGAAGAAAUUGAAAUUUUGAUGCGCUAUGGACAACACCCCAACAUUAUUACUUUAAAGGAUGUUUAUGAUGAUGGUAGAUAUGUUUACGUUGUUACGGACUUGAUGAAAGGAGGAGAACUACUUGACCGUAUUCUCAAAAAAAAAUGUUUCUCAGAACAAGAAGCUAGUGAUGUACUGAUUGUAAUAACUAAGACAAUUGACUAUCUUCAUUGUCAAGGAGUUGUUCACCGUGAUCUUAAACCUAGUAAUAUCUUAUAUAUGGAUGAAUCAGCCAAUGCAGACUCCAUUAGAAUCUGUGAUUUUGGGUUUGCAAAACAACUUCGAGGAGAAAAUGGACUUCUCUUAACUCCAUGCUACACUGCAAACUUUGUAGCACCUGAGGUUCUCAUGCAACAGGGCUAUGAUGCUGCUUGUGAUAUUUGGAGCCUGGGUGUCAUUUUUUAUACAAUGCUGGCUGGCUACACUCCAUUUGCUAAUGGCCCCAAUGAUACUCCUGAAGAAAUACUGCUACAUAUAGGCAAUGGCAAGUUCUCUUUGAGUGGUGGAAAUUGGGACAAUAUUUCAGAUGGAGCAAAGGAUUUGCUGUCCCAUAUGCUACAUAUGGACCCACAUCAGCGUUACACUACAGAACAAGUAUUAAAACACUCAUGGAUAACCCACAGAGACCAGUUGCUGAAUGAUCAGCCAAAUAGAAAUGAUAUGUCACAUGUCAUUAAGGGAGCAGUAGUCACCGCAUAUUCUGCCCUGACUCACAAGACCUUUCAACCAGUCCUUGAGCCUGUUGCUGCUUCAAAUUUAGCUCAGCGACGGAGCAUGAAAAAACGUACAUCAACUGGCCUGUAAGAUUUCUAGUGUUUCUCAGCCAUACUGGAUGAAGAAAAAUUAAAUGUGUGGCUUUUUGCCUAAUCUUAAAUCAAAGGCAUCAUAUUCUGCUGUAUCACUUGAAUAUUCUGUUUAAACCUCCCUUUUUUUAGGGAGAUGAGAUUAAAAAAAAAAAAACACAGGCCAACAGUAUUCAAACAAUGUUGUUUUGCAGUGGUGACUAAGUGUUUAAGUAUAUAAUUGGUGUCUACAAGGUCCUAACAAUUUCUCUGCACACUAACUUGUAAAGUUCCUUUCAUAAAAAAUUCUUAAUAGUUUUUCUGGUCUCAUAAAAUAAUGAUUUAGGGAAUCAUUAUCAAUUAUCAGGAUGCAAAUAUAAUAGUGUAAUGCCAACCAAUGCCAAUAUUUUUGAACAUCAGAUCCUGAAGAACAGACUUUUUAAAAAGGAAAAAGGAACAAAAAAUGUAUUGUAGAAGCUUGUUAUCACAUACAACCAAGAGGCUACAUUCAUUUGUGCUAAUAUGUAACUCCUCAUAUGGUUGGUGCCAAAGUUUUUACAGAAGAUUUAAAUCACAAAUUAUGUGUGCACACAGACAUAUGUAUUAUCCAUACAUGUCCUCAUCUAGAAAUAAAGGUUUCCACAAGUCCUCUGUAAAUUUUACAUCUAAUUGAAUUGCAGUACAAGUGAGGAAUUUUUUAGCCAAAGGCUUUAUAUUGGUCUUGUAAUCUACUAAAUAGGUAAUAGUUAAGCCUUUGAAAAUAAAGUACAUGUGUUGCCACUACGUUCAUGAUACGAAUAAGCUGAAUAAGCUGAAUUUCAAGUUAAUCAAUUGGAUUUAACCAUUACCUGUCCCUUUUAUAAUGAACUACACUGGUUUUUUUUUUUUUUUUUUUGGACUUACAAAAUUGAAUUACAGUAUAGCAUAUUAGUUUACCUGGAAUCCUAUGGUAAUAUAGUUUAAAUUUUAUUGUAAUGGACUUGUGGGCUUAGCAUACAUGAUACAGUAUAAUGCAUUUCAGUUAACUUUAGACAAUGCUACAAAGAGAUAAAAUUUGAAAAGGAAGUAAUAUUAAUGAUUUACACAAAAUAUGAACACAUUUUUAAUCAUAUUUAUAAAAAAGGUCUGACAAAAUUGGUCUUAUUAAACUUACUCAGAACCACUAGAUAACAUAUAUCGUUUUCUCUAAAUGGUGGAAUUUUAAAAAAUCUUUUCAUGUUGUUGAAGAAAAUACCGUUACUACUAGUACUAGUACUUCUACUACUACUACUAACAGAAAGAACUCAUGAAUGUAAACUGGAGGAUGUUAUAGUUUUGUUUAGUGAAUAUAAGUGAACUACUUGUUACGUGCUAAGUGUACUGUUUACUGUGUAUUUUAUUUUGCUUAAUUCAGAGAGAAAGUUGAUUACUGAGCACUGAAGUAUACCAUUUAGGCUAGAAGACUUGUAACUUUGGUAUUCAAUAAAGGAAAACUACAUGUAUUCUCUUUAUAAUGUAAGUGAUAUAUAUUCUACAUACAAAGUCUGUCUAUUGGAUGUAAUGUAUAAAAGUAUAUACCAUUAAUUUGAGAUGUCUUUUUGCAAUAAUUGAAAGACAUUAAAAAAUCUAAUGCCACAUGGAAAACAUUACUUAGAAAUAGACCAGUAUCAUAUCUUGUGGAUUUUUAUUUCCCAAUUUGGCCUUUUCCUUCCUCAUUUUGCUUUAUUACUAGAAGUACUUGCAUGUAACAAUCUGUGUCCAUAUAUUCUGACUUACUUUCCUCUUGUCAUCUUGUUUGUGCUGUUAUGACUUCUUAUCACAAUUAAUAUGACAAAGCAAGGUAUGAUUUUGGUAUGAACUUUUCAGAACAGAGACACUAUUUCCAUGUAUGCUUUUCUAUUAAUACCAUUAGGAAAAGUAGAAUUGGAAAGUGUAAAAUAUCACAAAAUAACUUGCAAUCUUUCCAUAAUCAAUAUAUUUUUAAGUGGCUGAUCUUUAUUAAUUUUUCAGUGAGGUUGCUCAGAAGGGUAAUAGCAUACAGUCCUUUAAUGAAGGGAGCACAAUUAGAAUUAAACAAUGAAUAGCAUGAUUUUUCAUUGCUCAGUGAGGACUGACAAAUGAUAAAAAAUACAGAUAAGCUAGUGGAUUUUCCCAAUAAUUGUGUAAACCAUUUCUGCCGGAAAGUUCAUAUAAAGUAGGUUAAAAACAUUAGUAAGGACAACUUUAUUAUAAGGGAAAUCUUCAAACUACAUACUCUUAUUUUAUAGAAGGAAACCAGGUAGGGAUGCCUAAUCAUGUCCAUUUAUUUUGUCUAGAGAAAAAAUGUAGAUGUGAAGAGGAGCUUUUUUGGAGGGGCUUCUAUAAAUGCUUAACUAGUAAAAACAAAUCCUUUCUAUAAAAUUUUAGAAUAUUGUGGUUUCUAAUGGAUUCAUGAACAAUUAAUUUACAUUGCUUUUCUUUUCUUUCUAGUUGAUGGUUCUUGCUAGUAUUUAAUGAUAGCACAAUUUGGAGUUUUUAUCGUUCUGGAAGGGAGAGGAUAUUGUAUUUUUUUCCUCAGAGGGAAAACACCAGGUUUGCCCAAGUAGACUAAUAAUUUAUUAUCCUAAAGCACAUAUUAUCAUGAAUAAACUCAGGAAACCUUUAGUAAGAUAAUUUAAAUGCAGUGGUGAUAAUUUUCUGGGGAAUAAUGGUUUCAGUUAUUUCAUGAAAAUCAAACUUGAGCCUAUUUUGUUAGACCUAGAAAUGCCUAAACUUUAGUUUUUGUAAUUUAUUGCCAUUGGUAAUUACACAUACACAUUUGAUAGAACCUCUGGCUAACUCAAAGGGAUUUCUCAUGUAUAGGCAACCCACAAACUUAAGAACAGAUGCUUGGUAUUUACAGUGUCUCCUUAUUGAAACAUUAUGUUAAGAUAGUACUGCUCACAGAAAGCUACUCAUACUGAUUGAAUAGUAUUUUCCUGACAGUAUGAGACCCUUCGUUUAUGAAAAGGAAAAGAACUGCCUAACUUGGCCUUAAGAUCAACCAGAAAGCUUGGGUUUUAAAUUAGGCAAAGAAUGUCUGUGGCAUUCUAUGUAUUCUCUUUCUCCUGGCUUUCUAGUCCCAUGUGCUAUCCUACUUGAGCACCUCAUAGAGGACUCCAUAAUUAAAGCUUCCUCCAGAAGGAUUCUGUGCCCCAAAAGCACCUCAUACCCUUCGCCUUCCCCAAAUCAGAACUUUCAUUCUCACAAAGCAGCUAUAUUCAGCUAAAAGGGUGAGAGUGAUCUCAUUUAAAUUAAUUCUUUUUUUUUUCUGUUAGUGGCUAAUAAAUAAUUGGCAUUUUUCAAGGAAAAUUCCCAUUAAUCAAUUUCUAAUUGCUGGACUUUUAGGCCAUCUAACCAGAUAAGAAUAAUUGUUUAUUAUUAUUAUAAGGGAAGCUAUUUCUAGGCAAGGAAUUUACACAGUAUGCCCAGGAUCAGAUUAUCCCACAAACUGUUUCUUUUCUAUUUCACCCUUUCUACUUCUCAAUAUACUUUUUCCCCUCCAAGAAACUUUUAAGCUUUUUAAUUACAAUGAACUUAUAUGACAGAAUGGUGUGGAGGGAGACAGUUGUUAAGUGCAUAUUUAUUUGUACUCUUAUUUCACAUAUUACAUAGCCUAUAACAUAAGGAAUCUCCAGCUACCCUAGCCUCUACUCCUAUUGUAUCGAUAAACAAGAGUACAGAAAAGUUGAAUGGAAACUAUCAGUGGAGUUUAAGUGUGCAGAUCCUUUGUCUGCAUUUCAGGACACAGAGAUCCUCAACAUUACUUCUCAACAAGAAUGUAAGCCAUAUAUAGUCAACUGCAAUUAAACUCCUUUAGGAAAAUUUCUUAUAUGUUGAAGCUUAUUUAGGUAUUUUUGGUGUAUAUCUCAGUAUAAAUAAUUGCUGAAAUUAACAGAAGAAUUCAGUAGUCUGCUAUCUGCCUUCCUAUGCAAGAGUGCAGUGGAAUUGAUAGUGGUUAUUCACAAAGACAUUAUACUCCUGAAUGCACUGUUCCUGGUUUUAUUCUUACAAUAUAGUGAAGUCCAUCAUAUCAUUUGAAUAAACUGAUAAUGCUUGAUCAUCUAAAAUUCAGUUUGGUUGCUAAUACUUGAAGGUAUGAAAGAAAAAUACAAAGGGAAAGUAUUUUUAGGAUAUAGAAAUUCAAAUUUGUUUAUAUAUAUAUUCUACAAAUUAUAUACCUUUUUAUUGACCAGCAAGAAAUCUUAGGUAAAUGCUCAGAAAUAAAUAUAUAUGUGAUUGGCAAGUUAAGAUUUGUUCUAUAUUCAUAUUUCUGAACCUUGGACAAUAGAGCCUUUUUUGGAUGGCCAUUUAACUUUCAUACUAUUUAUCUAAUUAUGUGAACUAAUUUACUCUUCAAAAGGUAUUUAUUAAACAUCUAAUUUUAUGUAGAACAGUUUUAGAGAAUGUACUAAGUGCAUUAGUUUAUUAAUAAAUUUCCAUAAUGUGACUAAUUAGAUUUAUUUGCUUUUUUUCUUUCCUAUCAAACUAAUAUUACUCAGGUCAUAUUUGAGUCCUCUUUUUAUAUCCACUCUCUCUGAAAUUGAUGCCACUAAAAGCAAAAAACUGUAAGUUUGUAUUUUAGUACAAUAUUUUUUUUAACUUCACAAAAUCAUUCUAGCAAAAACAACCACCCAUCCAUUUUAAAAGUUAUACAAGAAAACUUGCCAGCAUGGUUUGGAAAUGAGAAUUUAUUUUGUAUUAAAUUCCAUAGUACAAAAAAAGAAUAUGGUUUUUCUGUAUUUGUUUUUUUAAUAAAAAAAAUAAGUAUUAUUGGUAGUUGUGAGUUAUGUAGGGUUUAUGCAGAGAGAACAAAGUUUGAGAUUAUAGUUACUAUAAAAAAAUGUCUUCCCUACACUUUCCAUAUACUUCGGGAUUCCUAAACUUAUUUUCUGGUAUAGAAAAUAUGUUUAUUGGCAUUUUAUUGCACUUCUCAAGGCAGAAAUUGAAUUGUGUGUGUUAAACUGAAAUUGUGUGUACUUAAAAACAUGUACUUUAAAAGUUGCAAGUUUUAGAACAAAGGGGUUCCCGUUGUUCAGAUAACUGUAUUUUCUUUUUCUGACUACAUUAUGGAGUUUAUACUAUCAUUUCUUUUAUAAACGUUUUCUUUAAAGCACUAUUUCUUUUCACAUUACAGUUUUCAAUGUACUUUUUUUCGUGUAAAAUCAAAUGCAGUAGUGCAUUUUACAGUGUUUCUUUCCCUCACAGUGCUGCUAAAGAAAUGGCUAACAUUUUGAAUUUAAAACAUGCCAAAGAUGACAUAGAAAUUAUGUUUAUUUUUGUUCUUGUUAAAACUCUGUGAGCAACAUUUAUCACAAUAUAAUGUUAUAUUACUGACAUUCUCUGGGUACUAAAUAAAAAGGCUGCAACUUUCUAACAUUUUACAGUUGACCUUGCUUGAUUACUUAUACAUGUAAAACUGUGUCUGCUUUUAUAGACACAUGCAGCUAUUUGCAGAUUUUAUUCAAAUUAUUAAAUAUUGCCUAGGAUCCAAUUGUUUAAAAAAUUGUUUCAAGAUAUUUGAUUAUACAUAUGCCUUGAUAUUUCCUGAGCUAUAAUAUAUCCCACUUUAGAAUUACUCUUCUCAUGUUCCAUAAGGAAGGUAAUUUAAGAAAAUGAAAAUGAAACUUACGAUAUUUUAGGACUUAUCAGGAGAAUCCAUUUGUCUGCAAGUUAGUUGAGGUGACAGCCUUUUUUUUUUCUUUUAUUUUUGCAUUGUAUCUAUCUGUUAAAUCUCAUUGUAUUGAGGAAAACAUCGAAUAUUAAUAACAAUGCAAGUUGAAUCACA